AUGGCCAAAAAAAAGCUACUCGAUGGUAUUGGAUUUGGUCAGCACAAGUUGGAGAGGGUGGAGGAAGACACCCUCAAGUUGAUGGAAUGCUCGCACCACUGUCUGAAAGCCGAGAUGGACAACCUUCUUCUUGCCUCUUGGGAUACCUUCACUCUCCGCCAAAUACUCUCCAUCCAAUGUGUAUCCGACAAGAUCACAUUGUUAUCAACAAAAUGCUCAUCUGCAGGCAAGUGGUGCUUGAUUGAAGUGCGAUCAGCAGUUGUUCCUCGAGACUGGCAACGUCGCAAUUCUUGGGUGCAUGUCUUCGACCUUCUCCAAGCUUCAGGAGUUGCUAGUGGAGUAACAGAGGUGACAAGAUUGCUGGAACGAGACUUCGGGAGUGAUGUUUUGGGAUUUGAAGCCACGAUUCACGCAUACAGCAAGGGCAAUCGUGAAUUGCAGGAACCCGAAGACUAUGCAAGAUUACCGGUUUAA